CACUUCCACCAAAGAGGUUAAUAGUGAUUGUUUACAACUGGUUUUGCCAGUAAUUUUCUACCCUCUUGUCUCAGUGUCGUAAAAUAAGCUUACUUUAGAUGCAGACAGAGAGACGGAGAGAAACUGACAAAAGAGAUAGCGAGAAAAGCUCAACGGUGCAAUUGAGCAUAUAGGAGAAAAACAAAAAUGGGAAGCUUUGGUGGUGUUUCAAUGACUGUUUUCCACCUUAUGAUUCUUACAUGGGUUCUCAUGUGCUUCAGAACAAACAAUGUUGAAGCUCAAGUAGAGCCGCCUCUUCCUCCAGAUUCUGAAAUGGAAGCUCUUCAUGAGAUCGCGGCAGAACUUGGAAAGAAAGAUUGGAAUUUCACUGAGAACCCUUGCAACAAUAGGUCAAGCUGGUUUACACCACCGCCGCCGCCGAAUGUGCCAGGGGUAACAAAUAACAGUACCGUUACUUGCAAUUGUUCCUUCCCCAAUGGUGAAUGUCAUAUAGAUGGCAUCUAUCUUAGAGGGCAGGAUCUUAAUGGUGUUCUUCCACACUCAUUGUCCAAGCUAUCAUACCUUAAAACAAUUGAUCUUAAUCGGAACUAUAUUAAUGGAACAAUACCCCAUGAAUGGGCUACUAUGGAGUUGGAACUUAUAUCUAUUUCUAUGAACCGCUUAUCAGGGCCAAUUCCAACCUUUUUGGGAAACAUUACCACCCUUGUAUAUCUGAGCCUCGAGAACAACCGGUUUUCUGGAAGUAUUCCUCAUGAGCUGGGGAAAUUGGUUAACCUGGAAAAUCUCAUUCUUAGUGCUAACUUUCUCACUGGAGAGUUUCCCUUAGCACUUUCUAAUCUGUCCAAACUAACAGAACUUAGGAUUAGCAGUAACAACUUCACUGGAAAGAUUCCUGACAUUUUUCGAAGUUGGAAGCAACUUGAGAAAUUAGAGAUUCAAGCUGGUGGCUUUGAAGGGCCAAUCCCUCCCAGCUUAGCUGUCUUGAAUAAUUUAAAGGAACUAAGGAUCAGUGACUUACAUGGAGAGGGUUCAAAGUUUCCAAACUUACAAAACAUGACAAACAUGAACAGAUUGAUGUUACGGAGCUGCAAUAUAUCUGGAUCGAUCCCAAAAUACAUAUGGGAAUAUUCACAACUGCAGAUUUUAGAUCUCAGCUUCAACAGAUUGGAAGGGAAAGUUGCAGAUUCUAACAGCCUUGUGUCUACACAAUACAUGUACCUGACAAGUAAUUUGCUAACGGGGCCCAUUCCAGAAUGGGUGAACACAAGAGAUGGCCGCUAUCAGAUAGAUCUAUCUUACAAUAAUUUCUCCAAAAGCUCUGAGCAGGCUUCUUGUCGUGAAAAUCUAAACUUGUUCAAAAGCUCUUCGGAAGGGAAAAACUUAGGACUUGAGAACUGCCUGAAGAACUUUCCUUGUUCAAAAGAUUGGUAUUCAGUACAUAUAAAUUGUGGUGGAGGAGCAACAACCAUUGGAGACAUCAAUUAUGAAGGGGAUGAAGAUGCAGGUGGUCCAGCAAAAUAUUUUCCAAUCGAAGAGACUUGGGAAACUAGUAGCACUGGGCUUUUCUGGGAUACCUCCGUAUCGGCAAAGGACUAUAUAGCACAAAAUGUUUCCAUACUGAGAACAAACAACUCGAAUUUAUACACAACAGCACGCCUCUCUCCUCUUUCUCUCACUUAUUAUGUUCGUUGCUUAGCAAAUGGAAAUUAUACAGUCACACUUCACUUUGCGGAGAUAGUUAUCAGACAAAAUAGUUCGUUUCGGAGUCUUGGAAGACGGAUAUUUGAUGUUUAUGUUCAGGAGAAACGUGAAUUGUGGGAUUUCAAUAUUGAAAAUGAGGCCAAAGGUGUUGAUAAGGAAGUUAUAAGGAGAAUUAAAACGGUUGUUAGGGACAAAACUUUGGCAAUACGCUUUCACUGGGCUGGGAAGGGUACAACUGGUAUUCCGAAAAGGGGAACAUAUGGCCCACUGAUUUCAGCUAUCUCAGUAGACUCUGAUUUUAAGCCGCCAGUUGCAAACGAUUGGAAGAGGAAGAUGAAGUUUGUGGUUGCAGCUGCAGUUUCUGUUCCAUGCCUCCUUCUAGUAAUACUAGGCAUUCUGUGGUGGAAAGGCUGUUUUGAUGACAAGGUCUCAAGGGAACAAGUCCUGAGGGGAUUAGACCUGCAGACCGGCUUUUUUACCUUCAGACAAAUGAAAGCUGCUACUAACAAUUUUGACGCUGCAAAUAAACUUGGAGAGGGUGGUUUUGGAUCUGUCUAUAAGGGGGUACUACUAGAUGGAGCUAUAAUUGCAGUAAAACAGCUUUCUUCAAAAUCAAGGCAAGGAGACCGUGAAUUUCUGAAUGAACUGUCCAUGAUUGCUGGAUUACAACACCCAAAUCUUGUCAAGUUGUAUGGAUGUUGCAUUGAGGGAAAUCAGUUAUUGUUGGUGUAUGAAUACUUGGAAAAUAAUAGCCUUUCCCGUGCUUUAUUUGGUCCCAAGGAAAGCCGGUUGAAAUUGGACUGGCCUACUAGGCAGAAAAUUUGUCUUGGCAUAGCAAAAGGUCUCGCUUUCCUGCAUGAGGAAUCAAAUUUAAAAAUUGUUCAUAGAGACAUCAAAACUACCAAUGUGCUACUUGAUAGGGAUCUCAAUGCUAAAAUCUCUGACUUUGGUUUGGCAAAGUUUGAUGAGGAGGAAAACACCCAUAUUAGCACUAGAGUCGCUGGAACCAUAGGAUACAUGGCACCAGAAUAUGCAUUAUGGGGCUACCUGACCUAUAAAGCAGAUGUUUAUAGUUUCGGGAUUGUUGCAUUAGAAACUGUUGCUGGAAAGAAAAACACAAGAUAUGGAACGGAGGAAGAUUUUGUAUGCCUCCAAGAUUGGGCACUUGUUUUACAACAAAAGGGAAAUUUGAUGGAGUUGGUAGAUCCAACGUUGGGGAGCGAGUUCAACAAGGAAGAGGCAGUUAGAAUGAUAAAAGUAGCUCUAUUGUGCACUAAUUCGUCACCGGCACUUAGGCCUAACAUGUCUGAGGUGGUAAAAAUGCUUAAAGGUCGAACCCAUGUUCCUGAAUUAAUCAUGGAUCCCAGUAUCUUUGGUGAUGAGUUGAGGCUGGGAGCUCUAAGAGACCAAUUCAACCGGAUGCAGCCUCGGAAGGGAGGCGAAAGUAGUACCUUCACUCACUCAUCAGAUUCCGGGGUAUUGCCUGGCUCUUCCUCAAUGUCGUUCUAGCUAGGAUCUAUCAAAUCGAUAUCAAUUCUCAGUAGUGUAACAUAAAAGAUAGUAUUUGUAAAUUAUAUUUGGCUUCAAAAAUCAAAGAAAUCUGAGGUUUGUGUUACAUAAGGGUUGUAGAUUGGGAGGAAUGGUUAAUGUUGAAAGUCAUGAAG